AAAUUCCUCAAAUUAGUAAUUGCAAAAUCCAGGAUUAAAUCCAAAUUCCUAUAUAUAUCCAAAAUGAUAAGAAAAUGAAGCAACAUAGCACAACAUAGCACAACUCGACUUGUCACGCGCCAUCUGCGCUAAUUAUGUGACUAUUCGUUUUUCCGACACUUGAUGAUGAUCUUAACUACAAAGUUGCAUCCGAGUCUUAAUGUAUUGUCGUGUUGGUCGCUUAUGGGAUUCACCCACGUCUGAAUUUUUUUCUUAUUCCACAUUUGAAGGACUUUGCUGAGAAGGAAAACAGCCGGUUGUAGCGUAAAAGUCUCAAUAAUGUCUUCUCGAAUCUUUGAAGGAUCCACCUUGGCCAGCGAUUAUGCCCGGUAUCGUCCAAGUGUUCCAGCAGUAGUGACUGAAUCUGUUAUCAAACAUAUCAGAGAAACCACCGGUCCUAAACUCGGGUUGGUAGUUGAUGUCGGGUGUGGCUCUGGUCAGUUCACCCAAAGUCUUGCUCAAUAUUUCGAUAGAGCCUUAGGAUUUGACGUCAGUGAAGCGCAGAUUGAAGAAGCAAAGAAACACAAUAAAUUCAGUCAUGUCGAAUACAGCAUCUCUCCAGCCGAGGAACUGCCAUUGGAAAGUGGUUGUGUGGACCUGUUGACUGUUGCAUCUGCAAUCCACUGGUUCGAUAUGCCUACUUUUACACGUGAAGUUGAUCGUAUAUUGAAACCUGGAGGGUGUAUCGCCGUCAUUGGCACUUAUCGCAUCCGGGCUAUCGACCACCAAAACGCACUGAUCAAAGAAAGGCUGAUAAAAUGCAGGGAGAAAUAUACACGAGAGCUGAACAACUACAGAGUCAUAGAUCAACAGACGUACUGCACUUUUUAUGAUACAUUGGAAUUCCCGUCCUACGAUUUGAAAAGGUAUUCUGUGGAAUACGUCCGCACACUGACAGCUCCAGCUUAUAUUAACUUCCUGCAAACCAUCUCGUUUUCCAUUAAGUACCAUGAACGUCAUCCAAAUACAACAUUCUUCGACGAAUACAGAGACAGCUUACACUCUAUCUUGGUUUCCGAGGGAGAGGAACAUGAGGCAUCUUUCCAGCUCACGUGGUUCUAUGACGUUUUGAUUGCUUGUAAACCCCUUACACAGAGUUAAGCCGCAGAACAUUUUGGUUAUCUGUUUUAUUGAAAUGAUUUUGAUAUCAAUAACAAUAAUGAGAAUGUGAUUUUAUAGUGAGUUGUAAUCAGGGUGUGAAAUCUCUGAUGCUCUAGUAUGCGCCCAAAUUAUAUAUAUACAAUUAUAUAUAGGCUGCUGCCCCCGUUGUAUUUCUUUU